AUGUGCCGCUUUCUGGUGUUCAAGGGCACACACCCGUUGAUACUAUCCAAGCUUGUCACUGAACCUUCCCACUCUAUCCUCACCCAAUCAUACGAUUCCCGCCUUCGCUUGGACAAGCGCCGACCAGUCAACGGUGACGGCUUCGGCGUCGGCUGGUACACAGAAGCCCACCUGGGCACUUACCCAUGCAUCUUCACCUCCACCCUGCCAGCCUGGAACUGCGUGAACCUCGAACGCAUCGCACCCAAGACAUGCUCUCGCCUAAUCUUCGCCCACGUCCGCGCCACAACCGAAGGCUCCCUUGCGGAGAACAACUGCCACCCCUUCCAGCACAACAGCCUGAUGUGGAUGCACAACGGCAACAUCGGCGGUUGGAAGUAUGUCAAACGUCCGCUCGCCGACUCUCUGGACGACAACUGGUACCUCGGCGUCCACGGCGGCACCGAUUCAGAAUGGGCCUUCGCCCUCUUCCUCGACACCCUCGAAAAAGAAGGAGUCGACCCCAGCUCCGAACCCACCAACGGCUUCGGUCAAAAUAUUCUUCGUCGCGCCAUGAGAAAGACCAUCGCCAAGAUCAACGCCUUCGUAAAAGCCAUCCCCGCCCACCACAACCUCGAUGACGUGGAGACACGGAGUCUCCUCAAUUUCGCCGUGACAGACGGCCACACCGUCAUUGUGACACGAUAUGUAAGCAGCAAGACAGACGCAGCGGCAAGUCUGUACUACUCCUCCGGCACAGACUGGGUUGAAGGCAAAACGAAAGGACAAUUCAAGAUGGAACGCCGGGAUAAAGCCUCCGACGUCGUCCUUGUCGCGAGCGAACCACUGACAUUCGAACGACACAAUUGGCUCUCUGUGCCGACGAACACGAUCCUGACGAUCUGCAACCAGACCGUCUUUGUGCGGCCCAUCAAGGAUGAGUUCUAUGAUCCCGAUCCUUCGGCGGAGAGAUCUUCGAAUUUCGCAAAGGCGCAGGGGUUGGUGACGAAGGCGCCGGGGGGCGGGCAGCCUAAGCAGCCUGCUUCUUCGGUGGUGGCAGCGGCGGAUGCUGAGUUGACGCCAAAGCUUAGGAAGAGCGUGGCGGUGCGGGUAGAGGAGCAGUCGGAUGAUACGGAGAAUGAGGCAGCGGUUUAG